UCUUGCGACGCAGCGCCAGUGGUUGGCUUGGUAACGACAGUAGCUAGAUUAGCGCUUCUCCAAACCCCCGUAAACGAAACAGAUUGUUGCGUAUUAUUGUCGAAACUACUGUUAUUUUUUCCCUCAACCAGACAGCACCGGACAUCAUAGUCUUUGCUGUUUCAGUCACUGGACAUGAUUGAUUCCUCGCUAAGUUCUUUGGGUGCAAAAGUUGUCGUCGCAUCGUCCGGCGAUGAGAAUCACCCACCAGAAAACAUCACUGACGGGAACACUAAUACGUUUUGGAUGUCCACCGGGAUGUUUCCUCAGGAGUUCAUCAUUCGCUUUGCUGAACCCACGACGAUUUCUGCUGUGACAGUGGACAGUUAUAAUGUCAAGCAUCUAAAGAUAGAAAAGAACACCUCGCAAAAUGCUUCUCAAUUUGAGUCCAUCACGGAGAAAGAAUUUGAACGUACAGAGGGACAUCUUCAGUCAAAUGCUAUUUCGCUAAAUGGAAGCAGUGCAACCCACCUUCGUUUCAUCAUCACCUCAGGAUAUGAUCACUUUGUCUCAGUGCACAGAGUCGGUGUACAAAAUUGACACAAUUGGUUGUUGUGAAUUAAAGCCUUGUGAUGUAUUUUUGUACA